UGUUUAACUCAAGCCCUGCUGGUAGUUUAAUGCGAGGAACUCCCGAACUAUUUCGGUAACCCGUUAUAACGGUCGACAUGGCGACCGAGGAAAUUAUUAAGCGUUUUCUUAAGAAAAGAUGAAGAUUGCCGAUACUCAGCAAGAAUGAGUUUCAGGUUUCACACCAUGUGAUGAUCACCGGGGACGUGUGAAUUUAUUUAAGAACUCCUGUGUUCAGAAGAUUUUUUGAUUCCAGUGGAAUCUUUCAUUUUUUCUCAUUUAUAAAUUUCCCCUUUUGUUUAAUGUUAUGCCCAAUCUCACACACACACGUGCACGCACCUAGGAGAACCCACCUUGCUCCCCUAGAACAGCCUUGCUACGAUGCCUGUACAAGCUCCACAAUGGACAGAGUUUUUACUGUGCCCCAUAUGCACCCAGACGUUCGAGGAAACGGUGCGUCGACCCAUCAGUCUAGGUUGCGGCCACACCGUUUGCAAGAUGUGCCUCAACAAGCUGCACCGAAAGGCCUGUCCCUUCGACCAGACGGCCAUCAACACUGACAUUGAGCAGUUGCCUGUCAACUCUGCCCUGCUACAGCUGGUCGGGGGUCAGGUGCCCAAACAGCAACCUGUGGCACUCAUUACCUGUCCAGAGGACACAAAGCAUUAUGAAGAGUCACGGCAGUGUGUUGAGGAGCUGGCCCUCUAUCUCAAACCCCUCAGCAGUGGACGAGGGGUGGGGUUGAAUAAUGCUGCUCAGAGCAUGCUAAGCCGCCCCAUGCAGAGAAAGCUGGUAACUCUGGUGCACUGUCAACUGGUGGAAGAAGAAGGCAGGGUCAGGGCCAUGCGGGCGGCCCGUUCUCUGGGUGAAAGGACUGUUACAGAGCUCAUCCUGCAGCAUCAAAAUCCCCAGCAGCUCUCCUCUAACCUGUGGGCUGCUGUCAGAGCCAGAGGCUGCCAGUUCCUGGGCCCAGCCAUGCAAGAGGAAGCACUAAAGCUGGUGCUGUUGGCUUUGGAAGAUGGAUCUGCUCUUUCCAGGAAGGUUCUGGUCCUCUUUGUAGUCCAGAGACUUGAACCUAGGUUUCCUCAGGCCUCCAAAACCAGUAUUGGACAUGUAGUCCAGCUCCUCUACCGUGCCUCCUGCUUCAAGGUGACGAAACGAGAUGAGGACUCAUCGCUAAUGCAGUUGAAAGAGGAAUUCCGCACAUAUGAGGCACUUCGGCGGGAACACGACUCUCAGAUUGUUCAAAUUGCCAUGGAGGGAGGCUUACGCAUCGCCCCCGAUCAGUGGUCCUCUUUACUCUAUGGAGACCAGUCCCACAAGUCCCACAUGCAAUCCAUUAUUGACAAGUUGCAGACGCCAGCAUCAUUUGCUCAGAGCGUUCAGGAGUUGACCAUCGCACUGCAGAGGACGGGUGACCCCGCGAACCUCAACCGGCUAAGACCUCACCUCGAGCUGCUUGCAAACAUCGACCCCAGUCCAGACGCUCCUCCUCCCACCUGGGAGCAGUUGGAGAAUGGGUUGGUGGCGGUAAAGACUGUGGUGCAUGGCCUGGUGGACUUCAUUCAGAACCACAGUAAGAAGGGUGCUGACACGCAGCAGCUGCCUCAGCACAGCAAGUACAAGACAUACAUGUGCAGAGACAUGAAGCAGAAAGGAGGCUGUCCCAGAGGAGCCAGCUGCACCUUCGCCCACUCUCAGGAGGAGCUGGAAAAGUACCGUAAAAUGAACAAACGCCUUGCUGCAAGGGUGCCCUGCACUCCUGGUCUACUGCCUGAGGAAGUGAUUCCAUUGGAGCCUGGACAGAAGCCCUCUACCCUUACCAAUGGUAUUGCUGGUCCGGGGACCCAUCUUCCCCAGCUCAUCUCCAGAGGCACGGAUCCCUCCACUUACGAAAUUUUACUAAAAAACAAGAUGGAUGGCAUUAGUCUGAGUGCUCCUGGAUCUCCACCUGACUCGGCAGAGCACUUACCCAUGUCCAAGCAGUUGCCAGUCAUGCCCAGAGGUGCUCAACAGAUGUAUUCUCAACAACCUGAGCUCUUCUACCAAGAGCCAGCCAGACCUCCACCCUCAGGAUCUCAGUAUGAUGCUCAAUACCCAGCAGGGAACCCCUACUCAUACCAACCUCCACAGUAUGUAUCUCCCCGUUAUAUCCGCAACCCCCCUCCGCCUGGAGAGUCUACAGUGUCCCCUUACCCAGAGCCCUACCCAGGUUACGGGCCAGAGCGGCAAUAUCAGAACCACCACUCUGGUCCUCCUUUCUCAGCCCACCCCUACGCACCCCCCUCCCAUUACAGCCGCAGACAUGGACAUUAUCCAGCACCCCCUCUUCCAUUCGCCCCUACCAGAGAUGACUUGGUGAGGAUGAGCCCCAAUCCUUUAGACGUUCCUCCAGCCCCUAUGCCUCCACCUCCCACAGGGGCCGGUGGGUCUCUGUACCACCCCCAGGAGUCUUCAUCCCGAGACAGGUACCCACCAGAUGGGUACUAUCCUGCUGGACCACACCCCAGCCAGAUGAGAUCCCACUUGAGAGACCCAUACAGUCGUUCUCCGCCUAGUCUGGACGACUUGCACCGUAGGCGUAAGGAGCUGCUGGUCCAGCUGGAGGAAAGACAAGUCAUCUCUCCUCCUCCCUUUGCUGCCUCGCCCACUCUCCCCACACAUCCUUUCCCCAACGACUACCCUCAGGAGUUUUUGGAAGAUGGCUCAAAAGUCUUUGGAAGUCGGGAGCCAGACUACGCUGGGCAGUAUUCCCCCUGGUCAUGUGAUACAAUAGGAUCAUACAUUGGCUCCAAGGAUGCUAAACCAAAAGAUAUCACUAGCACUGUGGAGAUGAUGAAUGCAGAGGGAAAAGUUCUGCGCGACCCUUCGCUGGACACCCAGCGACGCUCUGCUGAAGCCAAAGAUGAUGAUCCAAUCAUUCCCUUUGGCCCUCUGCCCACAGUGUCACCCUUUGGUGCCAUUUCACGGACAUCGAAAACGGGUUACCAGACCACUGGGCCAGUUCAGGCCAUGGCCUCCUCACAGGCCUCAGGCUCCAAACACCUGACAAUGACAGCAGACUAUUCGUAUGGAAACCACAGCAGCUGGGGACGAGCUUCGUACUCUCAGCACCAGAGCAUGAACACUCAGGGACAUUUCAGCGAGCGUCUGCCCGUGUCUGCCUCUGACCGCGAGCAGCUCAAGAUCGAGCUCCAGCAAGUCAACCAGCAGAUCAGUCAGCAGACCCGGGGCAUGGAGGCUGCCAGUAACUCCAUGCUUCUGCAGAGGGAGGCGUGCGCCCUGGCAGCACAGCCGUCACCAGCAGUGAAAUGGUCUACAGGUGCAGCUGUAUCCAGUGAACAGCUCAGCCUGGAGCUGCAUCACGUUGAGCGAGAGAUCGGAAAGAGAACCCGUGAAAUUGCCAUGGAGAACCAGGUGGCUCAUGAAUACAAACUGAAGGCUACAGAGAACGGGCAGCCUGACCAUAAAGCCCAGCUGGAGGAACUCUCUUUAGCACUGGGUGAGGUGUCUAAUGGGUCCAGUGGCAUGAAGCCAGCCAGUAGCGUGGGUGGAUCUAUGCUGUCGCUGACAAAUAAGACGUCUUCUCUCACCCUCUGCUCUGCUGACCAAUCAGCAAGUAGCUCAGACCUUCAAAAGAAUGGUGUCGUUCACUCUUGCUCUUAAGAGUUUAUUUAAAAAACAUACACACACAAAUAUCCUGUCCACCUCCAACGGUCAACAUUCUUUCUUGGGGGGGGUCUUAAAAAAACAUCUCUUACCUAAUUUGAACCGAAGGGGAUGCAGGAUCAUGAUAAUGAUCAAAAUAAGGAACACACAUUCUCACACGCGCACACACCUGCAUGCUGCUACAUGCAUGCACAAACACAAACCUCUCUGUUGUUUUAUUUAGAAAAUGAGCAGUAUCUGCCGUGAUAUAAAUUUUCUUUCUUUUUGUUCUGUGAAUGAGCUUUUUGUUUUAAACGACUUCUCAUCGCCUGGAAACCAGGGCAUCUGAAUAAUGCUAACUUUUUGCCGUUUUCCCCGUAUAUCGACGACGAACAGUAAAUCCAAAUCUAGCAUGGAAUAUGUGAUCAUUAGUGGAAUGGAAGUGAAAAUCAAGCACACAUUUUAGCAUCGGGACUAGUUACUGUAACCAGCGCUGCAGUUAGGGCCUGCGUUGAAACAUUUAAACUCCCUGGAUCCCUGCAGCCUUGGAUAUGAUCUGACUCGCCAGGUGUUAGUAGCAUGGAGAACCUUUUAUGAAUCCAUUUUUAUGGACCGUUAACAUGGAACUCCCCACACAACUUACAACCGUGGCAGUGUAUCGCUGUAAGCCAGUUAGAUUGAGCUCUGGAUAACACAAGGGGAAAAUAUAUAUAUAUAUAAGUUGUCAGGUUAUUGUUUAAUUUAUGGUUUGGCUAUAUAACUGUUAGGUAAUUUGUAAAUGUGUUCUAACACGCUUCUAAAGCAUUCUGUUUUAUAGAAUGCAAACAAAUGUCUUUAAGAAUGAGCACUUUUUUCCAUGUUUUUUCCAUGUGUGUGCUUUUCAGUAUAAGAGGUUCGACACUUCAAGUCCCUUGUGUUCUCCAGAGCUUUGUGGUUCGGGAUGAAGUUAUUUUCGUCUCCAAGCGCCACAGUCGUUUUGUAAGAUUACAGCCUAUUAGGAAAUAUUUUCAUCAGUUUCCCUAACUUCUGUGAAGUUGCAUAUUUGGCUCUCCUGGUCGAGUUUGCAUAUUCAUACCGCUAAACUGCUGCACAGAAAAGUCCCAGGGAGUGAAGCUUCAACAACGGCAGGUCCCGUAGCCGACUAUCUUACAGUUUUGACACUCUGGGGAACAUGUAUGAAAUUUGUUAAUGAAUUUCUAUAAAAAUCUUGACGGGUUUCCAGACAGGUGUUUAUACUAGAUUAGCUAUUUAAGGUCUUUUAAAUGAAAUAGAUCUGCAAAUGACUUCUUUGUUUUGAUGAUUUGUUUGAAAUAAAUUCUAUAGAAAUCUUCACAAAUUCCUGCAGGAACCAGACAAGGGUAUUUCUCUAAACGGUUUGUAAAAACAUUAUGCAAAUUGUUGCAUCAAAUUGAAUGCGACUGUUUACAUAAAAAGGGUUUUACAAACUAUAGACACAUAAAUUAGUUCUGUUCAUGAAGGAGGUCUAUUGAUACCUCGACCACCAUGCUUUGACUUAAAAAUGUUUUUACACAAUCUAUUCAAUGACUGUUUAAAAAUGAGGCCCCGUGAGAAAACACGAUUAUUUGAAGUCUUCCUAUAGUGAUGACAUUCUUCACGUGUGACAUUUUGUUCUAGUCUCUUGAGACCGACUAUGAUAUACAGCUCCAAUUUUGGGUGCAACCUCUUUACAUGUAAUCUUUGUCGUUUUUGUGCCCUAGUUGUGGUGAUAGUUGAUUUCUCCUAGUAUGAUGACUUGUGGUCAUGAUCAUUUGAUGUUUUUGCUCGUGCAGAGCGCACACAGCCUUUCAAGCAAUCGUCAAGAUUGAAAUCGAGCUGUGCAGACAUGCAGAGAUGAGGUCAACCUUCCUAAUGAGGUUUAAACUUAUUGUGUGAUGUCCAUCACGCUUGCUCUGAGCAAAUUUUUCAGAAUGUCAUCUUUAUUGAUGCUAAAUUGUUUAUCCUCCCUCUCUUUAACAUGAAAAUUCUUUGCCAGUUUUAGUAGCGUUUUCCAUGCUGUUGAAUUCUCAAGACCUAGUUCAUGCCUUGUCUGAUAUGUAAGAUUAUCUAAUGCAUUUACUCCGUAACUAGGAGCAUUUAGACCUUUCCAUCUACUCUGAGACUUUUGGACUUUGUUCUAGCCUGUUUUUGGGUCAGUAACACAAAAACAAGGUCACAUUUCAUUCCAAGAUCAAAAGAACAGUAUGUAUUUUGCAUAAUGGAAAUUAAGCAUCUUUUAGGACCAUUUAGAUUGUUCAUUGUUAUAUUAUUUUAAUUGCAAAUUCUUAGAAAGUCUGGUCAUUUAUUGUUUUGUAAUUCCCAUUAUUAUCAAUGGUGAUUCUUAUGAUUUGCAUUACCGACAUACAGUAUUUUUUAUUUAAAUGUACAUGUAAAGACAAUACCAUAAUUACCUUCACAUAAUAAAAUAUCAUGAUUCAUUUUGGAUUUUGAGUGAAAUAUGCCCCGGAAAUGUUUUGUGAGAUUGACCCAAUGGCUUUUUCUAGUUACCAAUCACUAAUAUGAGCCACCACAACUAUCCCAUUUGCGUUGGUUUCAUUUUGUGAAAUACCUGAAUGAAUUCUGCCAGGAGUAUACGCUCGCUGAAGUUCCUUUUCAUUUAAAUAGGGAAUUGCACACUACUGCAAACUUGCGUAGGAUACGUUUGAAUCCAGUGGAUACUCUUGAAGACAUGAACAUGACUAUAAGAGGCAUAAAACCUGCUUUGAGUCUAAGAAUCAUCUCCUGGCUGUGUACAGGUUGUUCUUAUUGCAGUCAGAAUAGUCAGAUGUUUGCCAAAUUAAACUUGCAGGAGCUUAACUAACACGCUCCAGUCACCAUAAGCAUUGGGUUUUCUUUGGUUCUGGCUAGGUGAACGUGCUAGCAUGAUGAGCAUUCUGUUUCGCAAUGCUAACUGCUGCUACGACAGAAGAUAAUGGAGCCUGAUUUGUUAGCCUACGCUUUGCGGGUGUGCAGAAUUUUCCUUUGGCUUUCACAGAGUGCCCAAUGUUUUGCUACAGCAAGCAUUCUCGUGUGAUGCAUUGCCAGGAUGCUUUUUAUUUUAAUCUUUAGAUUAUAUGGGAAUGUGCUAUCUUGUAUUUAAUAUUUAGCACUUGCUUGGGUGCUGUUGAACUUUUUUCUUCAAUUAUCAGUGAUCUCACUGAGCUAAUUAUUUCUGUGUGGAUAUUUUUUGUUUGUUUUACAAAUUAAAUCAUGUCGAUUACAUUAGCAACUUAAUGGGAAGAGUCAUUGUAAGGCUCAUUUACAGUUUUCUGCAUGAGUUUUUGUUUCCUCCAUAGAGAAAUUGCAGGAUUGAGUGAUUUUCUUUGAGAGCGGGUCUGUUCGUAAUGGAUGAUAUUCAUUUCUUUGCCUGAAUUGUCUGUUUUGAGCAGACCUGUUAAAUUCAUUUACAUGAAAAGCAAAUUAACUCAUUUUGAACCUUAUAACACUGUUAUGGCUGUCUUUUGUGUUUUUUUUUUGUUGUUGUUUUAUUCCUAACUUUUUGGGAAAUGUAAUGGCUUUUUUAUGAUUACUUCCAAGUUGUCUUGUAAAAUCUCUUAAAUUAAGGUACAGGCUCAAUUUCAACAAGGAAAGGUUUUAUAUAUAAAUAUAUAUUAUACUCCAUUAAGGAAUGUUUAGAACCAUCUUACUCCAAUGUGGAUGUAGCCAUUAUUACGCCAUUUUAUGACUUUGUAAAAGAAUUCACUGUGUGAAAAUUGGUUUGCAUUUUUGUAUAAUACAAUCUGCUUUUUUGUUUGCAAGGAGAGGUAGGUGAAACUGGAUGUUAGAGAACAAGAUUGAAAAAUUAUUUAAACCUGUGAUAUUAAGAAGAAAGUGUAACUUGUACAACAAUGAUUCUAAGCGAGGGAUGGAAUAAACAAUAUUGGUAACACUG